AUGCCUCCGAAAUCGAGAUUUACAAGGCUCGAUGCCUUUACCAAGACGGUCGAUGAGGCAAGAAUCCGAACGACAAGCGGUGGUAUCGUCACUAUCGUGUCGCUACUAGUGGUCCUGUUCCUGUCAUGGGGUGAAUGGGCAGAAUAUCGACGCAUUGAAAUACACCCGGAGCUCAUUGUGGACAAGGGAAGAGACACAAAGCGUAACUUCCGCUCGAAUGCUGACAUACUGUGGCUUACAGGAGAGCGCAUGGAGAUUCACUUAAACAUCACAUUCCCCAAGAUGCCCUGUGAGCUCUUGACUCUUGACGUUAUGGAUGUGUCUGGCGAACAGCAACACGGAGUCAUGCACGGAGUGAACAAGGUCCGCCUCCAGCCUGCUAAUCAAGGGGGUGCUGUUAUCGAUAUCAAGUCUCUUGCGCUACACGACGAAUCCGCUGACCAUCUCGAUCCUUCAUACUGUGGUGGUUGUUACGGCGCUCAGCCUCCUGCCAAUGCUCGCAAGGCUGGGUGCUGCCAGACUUGCGACGAAGUCCGCGAAGCCUAUGCGCAGUCAUCGUGGGCCUUUGGCCGUGGCGAGGGCGUUGAGCAGUGCGAGAGAGAACACUAUGGCGAGAAGCUGGAUGCCCAGCGCGAGGAGGGAUGCCGUAUCGAGGGUGGCCUGCGCGUGAACAAGGUCAUUGGUAACUUCCACUUUGCUCCCGGCCGCAGCUUUAGCAGCGGUAACAUGCAUGUCCACGACUUGAAGAACUACUGGGAUGUCCCCAAGGGCAAGGCGCACGACUUCACUCAUUACAUCCACUCUCUCCGUUUCGGACCUCAACUGCCCGACAAUAUUGCCAAGAAGGUUGGCACCAAGAGCUCGCUUUGGACCAACCACCACCAGAACCCCCUCGACAACACGCGCCAGGAGAUCCACGACCCCAACUUUAACUUUAUGUACUUCGUCAAGAUCGUGCCUACCUCCUACCUUCCUCUCGGCUGGGAUAACAAGGGUAUCAAGAUUGCUGGUCUCUUGCAAGACGACAACGCUGGCCUUGGAGCCUACGGUUACUCUGAAGAUGGCAGCGUCGAGACUCACCAGUACUCUGUGACUAGCCAUAAGAGAAGUCUGGCGGGUGGUAACGAUGCCGCUGAGGGCCACGCAGAGCGUCAGCAUACCAGUGGUGGUAUUCCUGGCGUCUUCUUUUCCUACGACAUCUCGCCCAUGAAGGUCGUUAAUCGUGAGGAGAAGGCCAAGACAUUCAGCGGUUUCCUGGCCGGACUUUGCGCCAUCGUUGGUGGAACCCUGACUGUUGCUGCUGCUGUGGAUCGAGGACUGUUUGAGGGUGCGGCCCGUAUCAAGAAGAUGCGAACCAAGGACCAGUGA